GAUAUGGACAACGAGUCACGUUGAGGAAGAACAACACAUUAUACAAUCGAGGAUCUUGUUCAGUUCUAAUAUUUUGGAGAAACUGUUAUUAAUGGUUCUAGAGAAAAAAUGGACUACCGAGAAGAACAACAGUACGAAAUCGAUGCAUUGGACUCUAUUUACUGUGGUGAAAUGACAAUUUUAGAAACCAGUCCUUAUUACCAAUUUCAAAUACCAGUCAAAUCGGAUGAAUUUGAUAGCGAUGAACAUGACAUUGGGCUUUCUUGCUGUUUAAAAUUUGAGUAUGUUGAAAAAUAUCCUGAUGAACCACCUAUUGUUGAAAUUGAAGAUGUUGUUGGCUUUGAAGGCGAAGAAGAUGAGCUCAAAGAGCAUUUAAUGCAUAAAGCCCAAGAAAAUGUUGGUAUGGUAAUGAUAUUUACUCUAGUAUCAGCAGCACAAGAUUGGGUGAAUGGCCAUUCGGAUUUUGCAAAACAAAAAAAACUAGACGAUGAUGAUAAAAGACGUGAAAAAGAAAUGGAAGCUGAAUUAAAACGAUUUGAAGGUACUAAAGUUACAGUAGAAACAUUUUUACGUUGGAAGUUCAAUUUUGAAGAAGACAUGGGAGUGUUAAAAAAACGAAAUGAAGAAGAAAAAAAUAAAAAGCUCACUGGCCGUGAAUUAUUUAUGACUGAUAAAUCACUCAAUGAAUCAGAUUUAAAAUUCUUAGAAGAAGGAGAUUUGGUGAAAGUUGAUGAAUCAUUAUUUGAAGAAGUAGCUGGACUGGAUAUUUGUGAUGCUGAUAGUUCUGAUGAAAAUUAAAUAUUUGGUAUUUUCUGCAUAUUAUGUGCAAAACUCAAAUUGUAAAAACGCAAUAGAUUAAUUAAUUUUAUCUUAUUAUUUAAUUUUGUCAAAUUAUUUCAAAAUCAGUAUAGUAAAAAUUCAA